ACGUCGUUACGGGCCUGUGUGACGUCAUUUCCAUGUUUGUUUCGGUCACGUGGCGUGCGUGUUCUUUGAAAUUGAUUGAAUUUUUAAAUAUUUUUUUUUCGUUUUUGUUUAUAAACAUGGGGAAGGAUCGUUUAGGCGAUAAGGACGAAAAAAGAAAACACAAAAAGAAAUCUAAACAUCCUAAGAAAGAUAAACGCAAACACAACACAUCAUCAGAAUCUGAAAGUGAAUCUGAACAAGAAUGGGUAGAAGCUUCUACAGCUACAAAUGAAAAGAGAGAUGAGUGGAUGAACAUAACAGCAUUUAUUCCAACUGUAAGCAAUAAAGAACUUAAAAAAAGAAAUAAAAAAGAAAAUGAACCUCAGUCUCUCUCAACAAUUUAUAAGCCAGGACAACACGAAAGGGAAUUAAAUCCAUAUUGGAAAGAUGGAGGAAUUGGGCUUCCUUCUGAAUCUUCUUACGAAAGUACAAAUGAAAGAGUCUUGCCUGAAAAAACUGUUGGAGAUGCAGGAUUAAAUUGGUUAAGAAGAGCUUAUAAAAGGAUCAAAGAACAGGCUGAAGAAGAAAAUAGAAGUAUGGAAGAAGUUGCUGCUGAAAGAUGGGGGUCAUUAGAAAAGCUAGAAAAAUUACUUGCUGAGGCUGAAAACAAAGCAAGAGAAAAUAGAUUUGAUACAAGGCAAACUAAGAAGAAAAGAGAAUAUAGAAGAGAAUCAUUUAGAGAUAGAAGUCGGAACACGAUAUUUGGUCAGUUUAAGAAAAAUAAAAGUGAUGCGUACAAAAGUUAUAAAAAGCAAUUUAAGAAAAUUGAUGGAAGUGUAGACAGUUAUAAUCAUAAUUUUACGUCAACUAGUGAACCAAAAUUUACUAAAGUUGCACCAAAAUGGAUGAAGAAUCACAAUAAAUAUCAAGUUGAGAACAGAUGAGAACAUCUUCGGCCCUUGGGAAGUGUCAGUUCUGUUUAGACAGCAUCCAUAUGAAGAAACAUUUGUUUCCCUUGGAAAAACUAAGUAGUUGAAUAUUUGUAAAGCAAUUGAAUUAAACUGUUGUAUAAAAUUAAUUUGUUAAUUAAAACAGUUACUGUUUCAAAAAUAAUAUCUAUUAGUUUAAAAUUUUGUUAAAUAUCUGGAAAUC